UGUUGCUGCGAGUGGCAGAUAAGCUUAUAAGCGUUCGUCGAAUUUCGCACAGGAAAUUUUCGUCCCAUAUAGCAACGUUGCUCUCCGUUUUCUACAUCUCGAUCAAUCUUGUUCGUUCAGUUCAUUCAGUUUUGCCAAUGGGGAAAAAUGACUUUCUCACACCUAAGGCAAUUGCCAAUCGAAUCAAAGCAAAAGGGCUGCAGAAACUUCGCUGGUAUUGCCAGAUGUGCCAGAAGCAGUGUCGUGAUGAGAAUGGUUUCAAAUGCCAUUGCAUGAGUGAAGGGCACCAGCGGCAAAUGCAAAUUUUUGGACAAAACCCAACCCGCAUAAUUGAGGGCUAUACUGAAGAAUUUGAAACAACUUUUCUUGAGCACAUGAAGCGCAGCCAUCGAUUCAGCCGUGUGGCUGCAACUGUAGUUUAUAAUGAAUACAUAAAUGAUAGAAACCAUGUUCAUAUGAACUCCACAGAGUGGGCUACACUUACUGAGUUUGUUAAGUAUCUGGGUCGAACUGGAAAGUGUAAGGUUGAAGAAACACCCAAGGGAUGGUUCAUUACAUACAUAGAUAGAGAUUCAGAAACUCUUUUCAAGGAGAAGAUGAAGAAUAAGAGAGCCAAGGCAGAUUUGGUAGAUGAAGAAAAGCAAGAGAAGGAGAUUCAGAAACAGAUUGAAAGGGCUGAGCAAAUGAUGCAGCAAUCUAUUCCCGACUCCGAGCAGCCUUCACAGGUAGAGACUACAAGGGAACUAAAUGUAGAAGAUGGAACUAAGAUAGGAUUUUCUCUCGGGUCAUCAGCUAAACCUGUGACCAAGGAGAAAGGUGAGGCGUCAAGGAUAGUGUUUGAUGAGGUUGAUGAAGAGAAACAUGAGGAGAGGAAUCCCAAAAACAAUUUGAAGAGGAAAGAAAGUGGUGGUGGAAAAUCAACUUUGGAAGAAAUGAUCAAGGAGGAAGAGAGGAAAAAGGAAAAACUCAACAGGAAGGAUUAUUGGUUGCACGAGGGAAUUGUUGUUAAGGUUAUGAGCAAAGUCUUGGCAGAGAAAGGGUACUACAAGCAAAAGGGUGUUGUGAAAAAAGUGAUUGACAAGUACGUCGGGGAAAUAGAAAUGCUAGACAACAAGCAUGUGCUCAGAGUUGAUCAGGAAGAGCUUGAGACUGUGAUACCACAGGUUGGGGGCCGAGUCAAAAUAGUCAACGGGGCUUAUCGUGGAUCACUUGCUAGACUACUCGGGGUGGAUACAGAUCGUUUUUGCGCUAAGGUGCAGAUAGAGAAAGGUGCUUAUGAUGGCAGGGUGCUUAAAGCUGUGGAAUAUGAAGACAUUUGUAAAGUAGCCUAAUGAGUUUAAUGGAAUGAUAAUUUUUGUUGAUUCUGUUAAGUUUCAGGAGUUGGAAAGUUUGUUCUGUAUUAUGUAGAAGCUCUAGACUCUAGUGCCAUCUUUAUACCAUAAAUGAAUUCAUGGUGAUUAUCUUUUCUUAUAUUGGAAUUGGA